AUGACCAACAAGAACGCUCCAAAAGACACUCAAAUGCCUGAAGGCUUCUCAUUCUUGGAUCCCCGUCUCGUCCCCGUUGCUGUCACCGCUCCCGACCGUGACUCCGUUCACACUCACCGGCGUAACCGCCACCCCGAUACCCACCAGUUCCUGGGCUUCCUCAACACCAAGAGGGUGGAGGAAGCGGAAGGCAGACGGGAUCACCUCCGGAGCCUGGAGAAGUGGCUCGAAUGUUUGGAGAUGCCAAGAGGGACUGUAUUUCCGGUUAAGGAGGGCUAAGAAGGGGAAACAAAACAAGGUGAAUAAGGGGUGAAGAAGAACAUGGCCGAAGGGGAAGACCGGCGAGAAACACAGGCCACAUAAAGAACCCAUGUAAUAUAUUUAUUGACCUGCCAUGUUCAUAGAUCUAGUUGUGAAUU